GGGCCGGCGCGCCCGCGCCCGCCCCCCCCCCGCCGCGGGUGGCGGCGCGGCGCGUUGGCGCCGCCGGGGGCCACAGCGAUGGGCCAGCCUCGAGCUCGGCCGUCGGCAAGCUGUGCUCGCCGUGCCGCGGCUCCGAGCAGCCCAUGACGCCGUCCUCGACCCGGCCAGGACCCUUCCUCCAGAGGAAAGAGACGAACACCAACGCCUUCUUCGUGGGGAAGGACAACAGCCGGAGCGACACCGAGCUCCUGACCGACAAGAAGAAGGCCCGACCGCGCGGCAAGGCUGAGCAGGACAUCAUCCGCCGCGCGAUGAAGGAGGACAGGGUGUGCGCCCUCCUGAGCGACGAAGACGUUGAGAGCGUCCUGGAGACGAUGGAGUACUUCGAGUUCGAGGCCAACGACAGGGUGGUCACGCAGGGCGAAGUCGGGAAUACCUUCUUCGUCGUGCACGAAGGUGCAGCCGCCGCGGCCGCCAGGGCCGCCCAUGACGCGGCCGCUGGGGCCACCCAGCAUGUCCCCGCGAGCGGCGAGACCGAGGUGGGGCCGUCCCCCGGCACCGAGCUGGUGUUCAAGGGCGUGGACGCGCGCCGCCUGCGCGCCCUCGAGGUGGAGGCCGCGGUGAUCUUCCAGAUCGAGAACAGCGAGGCAGCCCAGAUCGCCGCGUUUACCCGGCGUUGGGGCGCCCGGACGGCGCGUUCGACGGGCGCUUUCGCGGCGGGCAAGGGGCGGCGGCGAAACGUCAACGCGUUGGGCUUCCGCAAGAUUAUAGUCGUUGCCGCGGACAGCUGGGAGGCCGUAGUCGCGGUUACCAUGUGCGCGAGGCGGCACGAGAUUGUCGCCCGCUCCACAGGGGUGGUCAAGUACCAGCGCGGCCCCACGACGAACCGCAUCGCGCACCGCUGGUCGGUCUCCAAAAGUGGGUGCUCAAUCGCCUUGACGGCCGCUUGCCAACUUUCUCGGACUGGCGGCUGUGGGCCCGCUGGGUAA